GUGUGUGUGUGUGUGUGUGUGUGUGUGUGUGUGCGGUUGUGAGUGUGUGCUUGAGCGUCAAGUACGGGCAGAAGGACAGCCAUAUAAAUAUUUCUGAUCCAGGAGCAGCAGCGAGCGAAGGGAGAAAACUUUCCAAAAGUUUCACGCAGAGGUAAACUUACUGAGGGCGAAGCACAGGAUUCAUCGCUGAUACAGAGGAGACCCACGAAGACAAAAAUGCCAGGUGAGCGGUUGACAGUACGAGGCACAUCAGAUGUAGGGCGUUUCCCCGGAGCUGCCCCGCCCACCAGGGUGGAGCUGAGCAUUCAGCAGGAGGAUAAGGAAGGUGAGGGGGGUUGUCGAAGCUGGUUCAGGAAGAUGUGUCCUUGUUGCUGCAAGCGCCAGAACAGCACUUCCUACGAUGUCACAGACAAGGUGGAAAUGGUCAAAGUACCGACCCCGGCCCCAACUCCGACCCCCGAGCCCACCAAGCCAAAGCCUGAGAAUGGAGAAGCAAAGGAGAUGGAAGAAAUGAAGCUUCUUGUGCAUUCUGUGGACCUGCUGAGCUCCAAGAAGGGUCAGAACAGACAGGAGCACCACACCGACAUGUACCACGGGGACAAGAUGAUCAUCCGUAGAGGGCAGACCUUCCAGAUAGAGCUGGAGCUCAGUAGACCCUUCAAUUCUGAGACUCACAAGAUGCAUCUGGACCUGAAAACAGGCCUCCUGCCCGUGGUGUCCAAAGGCACCCAUGUCAUCAUUCCCCUGGUGGAUCACCUGGAGGACGAACGCUGGGAGGCUAAGAUUGUCGAAAAUACCGGCAACAAGAUCAAGCUGUCAGUCAACUCGCCAGCCAGUGCUGUGAUCGGCCUGUAUGGGCUCACUGUGACAACUAGCUCAACAAAGGGCCAAGCAACAAUUACUUACAACUCCAGCAAGAACAUCAUCAUGCUCUUCAACCCCUGGUGUGAAGAGGACACAGUGUUCAUGGAUAACGAGGAGGAGAGGAAGGAGUAUGUUCUGAACGACAUCGGGAGGCUCUACUACGGCACAGAGAAGCAGAUAGGCGCCCGCACGUGGAACUUUGGGCAGUUUCAUGAUGGAAUCCUGGAAGCGUGCCUGUUUAUCUUGGAGAAGAGUGACAUGCCUGCAUCUGGCCGAGGGGAUCCUGUCAAUGUGGUCAGAGUCUUAUCUGCCAUGAUAAAUGCUCAGGAUGAUCUGGGGGUCCUGGUUGGGAACUGGUCUGGGGAUUACUCUGAUGGAGUCUCUCCUGCAGCAUGGAGCAGCAGUGUGGAGAUUCUUAAGAAAUACCACUCCACUGAAGGGACGCCUGUGUCAUACGGACAAUGUUGGGUGUUCUCUGGAACCACCACAACAGUGCUGCGUUGCCUUGGUAUACCUGCCCGCAGUGUCACUAACUUCCAGUCUGCUCAUGAUACUGAUGUUUCUCUCACCACCGACGUCUACUUGGACGAGAAUAUGGUGCCGAUCGACUACCUCAAUAGCGACUCUGUCUGGAACUUCCACGUAUGGAAUGACUGCUGGAUGGCGAGACCAGACCUGCCCCCUGGCCAUGGAGGCUGGCAGGCUGUUGACUCUACUCCCCAGGAAACUAGCCAGGGGACCUUCCGCUGCGGCCCCGCCUCGGUCAACGCCAUCCGCUCUGGCCAGGUCUACCUCAAACACGACACGCCAUUUGUCUUUGCUGAGGUCAACAGUGAUAAGAUCUACUGGCAGAGGAACUUCGACUCCACUUUCAGCCAGAUCUACAGUGAGAAGAAAGCUGUCGGCCACUGCAUCAGCACCAAAGCAGUGGGCUCAGACGACCGGGCCGACAUUACACACCUGUACAAACACCAUGAAGGUUCAGAAGAGGAGCGCAUAGCUGUCGAGACUGCCAGUCGUUACGGCAGCAAGCCAGAUGUCUACUCCUCGCCCAUAUCUGAGGACGUAAGCGUGGAAGUGAAGAUGGAAGGUGAGGGACCCAAGAUGGGUGCUGAUGCCAAGCUGAAGAUCUUGGUGAAGAACCAGAGCUCACAGCCUCGUAAGACCACUCUGCACAGCCAGGUGGCAGUCAUGUACUACACUGGUGUGUUGAAGGGCGCCAUCAAGAAGGAGCAGAUGCCGGUGGAGCUUUCACCCCAUGAAGAAAAGAUCAUUGAGUGGGUGCUGCCCUACCAACAGUACCAAAACCAGCUGGUGGAUCAGGCUGCUCUGAUGCUGACUUUGUCUGGAAGAGUCACUGAGACCCAGCAAGUAUUAGCCAACCAGACCACCUUCAGGCUCCGCACACCUGACCUCACCAUCACGCCUUUGGGAGACGCUGUGAUUGGUAAGGAGAUGGCAGCCAAGAUUACCUUCACCAACCCCCUGCCACGUAUGCUUAAAGGAGUAAUAUUCAGAGUGGAGGGCCUGGGUCUGCAGAAGGGCCAUGAAGUAGUUGUUGGUGACGUCGGCGGUCUCUCCACUGUGACAUUGACAGAGCACUUCAUCCCCACCCAGCCCGGGCCCAGGAAGCUGGUGGCGUCUCUUGAUUGUAAACAGCUGACUCAAGUGCACGGAGUGGCUGACAUUAUUGUUCACGAGCAUUGAGAGGGCGCGAGAAUCAUUAGCCUCCUGACCUGCUUCUCUCACACCAAUUGUUCUUCAUGAAAUAUAAACAGAGAGCCUUAAAUUAAGAGAAAUGUGUGCUCUUAUUCUGCAUCUUAAACUAUCUUGUUUAUUUGUUACUACAGUCAUUUUUAAUUUUUUUGUAAUAUUUUUUAGUCUACGUUUAAGCAAUUUAGCCAGUGUAGCAUUGUCAGUAUUACUAUUUUUUUUUAACUGAAAUAAUAACUGAGAGAAGAAUUCACGCUUCUGCCUUGCUCUGAAUUUUUAAAACUGUUGUGAAGUUUGAGUGCGUGCACAGCGAAUGAAGUAUGGAUUAACAUGCAUUCGUAUAUUACAGUUAUUAAGCUCACUCACAUUACAUAAACUUUCUUAACACUAGUAUAUUUCAAGACACUGAACUUUAGUUAAGGGCCAAAAGUGGGGUCAUGAUCAUUUAUAAUAUUGUAAAUAUUGUUUUUGUAUCAUUCAUUUCCUAUAUCAUGAGGUGAGAAGGAUGUGAAGCGUAUUGUCAGACAGCAUGAACCUCACCUGGCCCACGUGAAGGAAGGGUACUGUGACAUGUUUUUGAAGGGAAUGGUGCUGAAAUUGGCAUUGACAUUUUGCAAAGGGCACAUUACAAUUUCACCAGUUUCCUUGUUUGCUACGACUGACUGAAAAGAAUUGGUGCAGAUCUGAAAGGCUGUGACUGAAAGGUUGUUUUAAUCAUGGGGAGGAAUGCAAAUUUGACAUCCUUUGUUUCCAAAACGUAACCACUUUUAUCAUUCAAACCUCAUAUUUCAGAAAGCAAACCUAUAUGUUCCCCUUGGAAGAUUGUUGUUCUGAAUGCAUCGUGUGUGUGUGUGUGUGUGUGUGUGUGUGUGUGUGUGUGUGUGUAUAAUAACACUGAUUUCAGCUUUACAGUAAGUUGCAACUGACUCAACCGCUGUGAAAACCAGCAAAUACCAGAGACCACAGAGGCCUUAACCCACCUUAGAUUGACCAGGUUUUAGUCUGUCUGACACACAAUGUGAAGGAAUCUAGUUCAAUAACAUUUGACUAUUUAUCUCUCUUACCUACUUGAAUGUUCUUUUUUUUGUAUCGUGUGUUUUGCAUUGGUAAUAAAACUCACAUGUCCCUGAA